UACAUGGUAAUGUCGGGGGGUUGAUGGCACGAGCUGUGAAUAAAAAUCCUGUUGCUCCCGACUCUAGGUCCCUCGUCCUAUCUCGUCUCUUCUACUCUAUCCCCUCAGGCAUACCUUGCGGUGAGACUCGUCCCCCCCAUCGCUACAAAGCCACUAGACAACAGAAGACUGCGUGAAACCUAGCUUCUAAACGCAGUCCGAGAGGCGGAGUACUUUUUUUUUUUCACCAUGUCGUCCGCUCCGGUCCCCGAUCACGACCAAGUUGAGGCCACGGCUGAUGUGUCAGAUAAUGGGGGGAAACGCAUCUCGCUAGCAGAGGUAGAGAGGGCCCAGUCUGUGCCAGAUGAGUUAGAGAAGGGAGACCACGCCAACUAUGCCAAGGUCGACGAGGAGGUUGCCAAAUACACAUCAGCUGCCCGGAUUCAGAUUUCACCUGAGGAAAAUAUCAGACUUCGGAAGUUGAUCGAUAAGCGCAUCUUGGUCGUCAUGAUCGCGACGUAUUUCCUCCAGGCCAUCGAUAAAGGCACCAUGUCUUUUGCAUCGAUCAUGGGCUUGCCCAAAGACACCGGCCUGGUCAACUCGAGAGGCGAAGUCAGCCAGGAUUUCUCAUGGCUGACGACCUGUAUUUAUAUUACCAUCCUCAUUGUCGAGUACCCACAGAACUACAUCCUCGCCCGCGUACCGGUUGCCAAAUACCUAAGCUUCUCGAUCGUGGCCUGGGGUGGCGUCCUGGCCUGCCAUGCCGCCUGCAAUAACUUCACCGGGUUGCUCGUAGUUCGGACGCUUCUCGGGCUGUUCGAGUCGACCUGCCAGCCUGCUUUCGUGAUCCUGUCCUCCAUGUGGUACAGACGCGAAGAACAAGCCGAGAGGGUGACGUAUUGGUACAUGAUGAAUGGUGCGCAGCAGAUUGUCGGCGGGUUACUCGCCUACUGCUUCACCCUCAUCACGACCGGUCCCCUCAGAUCGUGGCAGUGGCUCUUCCUGACGUACGGUAUCAUUUCCGUGAUCUUCGGCGUUUUCGUCUUCUACUGGAUGCCCGACUCGCCGAUGCGCGCCAAGUGCUUUACCGAAGAAGACAAGCACCUAAUGGUAGAGCGUGUCCGUGACAACCAGACGGGAUUGCAGAACCGCGUCUUCAAGAAAGAGCAGGUUUGGGACGCCCUAACGGACCCCCAGACUUGGUGCUAUGCCAGCAUUCAAUUCACAACGACGCUCCCGACCAGCGGGCUCGGGGCUUUCGCGAACCUGAUCAUCUCCAAGAGUCUUGGAUUUACCAACCUGCAGACGCAGCUCCUCGCCAUGGUCCUCGGCAUCUACAUCAUCAUUGUGCUGUUGAGUUCGGUCUGGCUAGUGAAGAAAUUCAACCAGAACAUCCUGACCAUGCUAGGCUUUGUCGUUCCAUCGUUUGUGGGCACCAUCCUCUUGAUGACCGUCCCCAACGAGACUUACGCGCAACACGUCGGGCUCCUCAUCAGCUACUACAUCACGUUAUCUUUCUGGGCUGCGCAGACCUUGGGUCUCUCGCUGAUGUCCCGAAACGUCGGCGGCCAGACGAAGAAGACGGUGGUCGUCGCUCUAAACUUCAUCUUUUGGUCUGCGGGAAAUGCUAUCGGCCCUCAAGUGUUCCUCUCGCGAGACGCGCCCACGUACUACACGGCGUUCGCGACCCAUCUUGGUUGCUAUUCCGCCCUCGUCCUCAUCUUGCUGUACUUCCGUUUCCACCUCGUUAGGCAGAACAAGAAGCGGGACGCGCUAGCGGCGGCGGGCGCCAGGGAGGCCGCCGACGCCCAGAUGAUCCACGCGUUUGAGGACCUGACGGAUCGGGAGAACCCCAACUUCAGAUACGAGUACUAGAAGGGGCCUGCAAUGGGGCCGCCAGCACCGGCGCGCGGCAUCGAGGGUGACGAGUCUGCAUCCGU